GCACACGUGGCGCGCGACGGUUGGCUGCCCGCGAGCGGCGUUACCGAUUGGGCGAAACCGCAGCUCGUAAUGAUGAUUUUGUGACCAGAGGCCCGGUUUUUGGGCCGAAGCCCGGAUCUGGGCGCCUAUAAAUACCCCAUGGCCGGGCAUCAUUUCUCUUGUGCGAUCAUAUUGUUAGCGAAGCUCUGCCAAAAUUUCUAGAGAGAGAAACUCCAGCCUUCGGUUGAAUCCCCAGCUUUCAAGGUCAGUCCCUCUUCUGUUCUCCAUUUACUUGGUGAGUUUUGCUCCUGUGGCCGUAGACUUAAGUGUCUAGAGUUUCUUAGGGUGCCUUCGGACUUUAGAACUUCCAUAUUCAUUAGCCUAUAAAAAAUGUCGUCCGCUAGUGAUUCCCAAGACAUAUCGAGGGAUCCCUCGGUUGAAGAGGAAGUUUUCUCCGACGCAGAGUCCCUGAGUGAGCAGCCUUCGGCCGGUGGUGACGUUGCCCUCGCCAUUGAGAUGCAGAAAGAGUUAGUGGCUGAAGUUGAAGCCGAGGGCUUUGAGCAAGAGGCGGAGGAUGAAGAGCUCACCCUCGCCGUACAAAUUGCAGAGGAGGAGGAAGAGAAGGAGAGGAUGAGGGUGACAGUGGCUGUCCUCCCCCCCACGGUUCUGGUGAAGCAAGCAGCUCGAGGCCACUGAACCCGACGCCCUUGAGAGUAGCCCCCGGAUCGAAGGAGAAGAAGGCGAAAGCUGCUACUAAGAAGAAGGUCAGGGCCGCCGACCAAGGGAAGCCCGUUGAUAUGCCCGAGGGGUAUUCUUGGCUGAACACCGAGGCCCUCGAGAUAAAGUCGAAGGCGGACAAGGCGGAUUUCUAUGUCACGCAGCUGCACGUAGGGCCUUCGGCCGUGGUGGUCGAGCUGGGAGUUGAUGAUGUGCUGUCCCGGGCGCCCGAGGGGUGCAUUGCAGUACACAUACUUUCGGUCUCCAUGGGCCUCAGGUUCCCUCUGCACCCCUUCCUCCGGGAGUACCUCAGGUUUGUUGGUUUGGUCCCCUGCCAGCUGACACCUAACAGCCACUCUUACAUUGCCGGGUUCCUUCAGCUCUGUAAAUCCCGGGGGGUGACGCCAAGCUUGGAUCUAUUUUUCCAAAGCUUCAACUUGUGCCGGGGGGGCCACGCGAAUGCCAAGGGCUUCGUGAACCUACAGCAGAUAGCCAGGUGGAAGCUGUUCACCGAAGCGCCUUCGUCAAACAAAGGCUGGAAGGAGCGGUGGUGUUACGCCAGGAUAGAUGAGAGCCCUUUCCUGAGGGAACUACGAGACCGAUUCCGACGGCACCCAAAGGUCGGAAACGCUGCUAUCGAGAAAAAUGGUUUGAUCAUAGCCAAGAUCCCGGAGGGUCGUACGAAGAACGUAUCCAUCAAAGACUACACCCUCGAGGAGGAUCUAUAUACCCUCGGCUUCCGGCGCUAUCGUUUCAUCGGGGAAACGGACGAGAAGUAUCCCCUUUUUGAUGAAGCCUUCGGGGGAGCAGGAGGUAGUCACCGAGGGCCCUUAGUCUUGUACUUAGCAUUUUUUUGUACCAUGAUGUUAUUGCUCCAUGGUUGUUGACCCGUCGGCCUAACCCUUCACUAUUUUGCAGGUAUCCCCGUUUCGAAGAUGAACGUGAAAGGCUUUGCUCGAUUGAAGAACACGUCGGCCAAGGAUCCGAAGGGGUCGGAUGCGGGCGGCCAGAAGCCCGUUGGUGCGUUUUUCAAGAAGCCCGAGGGUGAUGUUGCGGCCGCGAAGAGGAAAACAACGGCCAAGGAAUCACCCCGGCUACCAAGAGAUCGAAGAAGGGGGACGCCACGAAGAAGGACCCCCCGGUAGUGAUCGUGGAUGAGCAUUCCACCUCCGGGCUGGUCGUGGAUGUGCCGACGGCUGUAAAGCCGGCGGGGACGGAGGAGAUGCCCCCUGAGGUCCUGCAGGUUUCCCUCCCGAGGGAAACAGCCGUGACCAACUGCACGGUCGACCCGAGGGUGCUUCUGAGGGGCAUGCCCCCUGAAACAGAUGGGGCCACCUUCGGAGCUUUAGAUGAUGUGGCGCUUGAGGACCAGAUCCUCCGAUCUUCCUUAACUGCUUGCCUUGCCCUCGGCGAACAGGCCCGACGGUUGGAGGAAUGGCGUCUCCACAAAGCUGGGAAAGACGCAAAGAUGAAGGAGCUCAUUCAUAAGGACUCCAAGGCCACGAAGCUGAUGGCCCAGCUCGAAGAGGACCUCCAGCUUGCGAGAGCAGAGUCCGGAAGGCUCAGGAAGGAGAAAACCAAAGCUGAGGAGGCUGCCGCGGAGGCCGCAAAGAAAGCCGCCGAAGAGGCCGAGGCCGUCAGAGCGGAGGCUAUUGUCAAAGCUCGGGAGGAAGCCGUCUCCGGGUUUCUGGACGAGGGGUGGAAGGCCGAGGGACACAAGAAAUGGUUGUCCUCGGUUGUGGAGGCUUCUGUUGAUGAAUGGUGCGAGGGCCCGGGUGAGGAAUGGAUGGCCCGAAAGGGCAAGGAAUAUUAUGAUGGGGGUGAGUUUUUUACUCAGGCCCUCAUCUACCGGAGGAUGGCCCGGCACCUGAAUAUUGAGCCGAAAGAUUUCGAUCCCUCGGCAUACGGUCUUCCUCCUUUACAACCGGAUGUUCGUGAACCCCUCCCCUCAGGCGUUAAGCGGCCCGACCUGGAGGAUACUGAGUUGAUGAAGGAAGUAGAGGGUGACAUCAUGGAGGCCGGAGUAGAGGUCUCUUCAAAGCCUGGUGUAGAGGAUGGUUUCGGGGGAAAUGCUGCUGAAAUUCCUGGGGAGACUUGUACUUAGAUAAUUUUCGUACAAUUUUGUACCCGAACAUUCACAUGCUUUCGGCUUCGGCCUUUGUAACAAUUACACUUGGUAUUUUUUGUUUUUGAUGAAUGUAUGAAUGUACGUUUGCCCUCGGGUCCCUUCUCGUAUAUGAAUUUGUUUCCUGUUGAA